AUGCAGCGGGGGAACACAAAGGCGCACCCGUAGCUGUACUUCUCCCCCACCUAUGUUUGGAGGGAAGUCCUGUGUAGGAAAUUCAGAAGAAAUCAGACAAUGCUCAACUUGGAAUUGUCCAGAUUGUGCCAGGACGUGUCCUAAUGGCGGAAGCCUCAGUCAUAACUGUGAAAUAUGUGAAUGCCCUUCAUCAACGAUCAUUGGCAGGGUGACGGACCGCACCAACUUUACACUUGAAGGGGUUGAAAUAUUCUUGUCCUACCGUCCAUGGAGUCCUAUUGCUACAACAAAUGUUCGUGGUGUAUACACUGUAUCAAAUAUAUGUUUCAACUCUACUUCCAUCUUUGCAAAGAAAGGUGGUUUUUCAAUAGUAUAUGUUACUCCAAGGAGACUGAAUGCGACUCACUGGGAAGCAAAUUUUGAAAUAAGAAAAUUAGAAAAACCUUGGAUUUCCCGAAAGCCUGUUCCCAAAAUCCGAUUUGUUGGACAAUCAGCCACGUUUUGCUGUCAGGCAAACGGUUUCCCCUUACCCCAAGACUUUUUAUGGUGCACUUUUUUGAUGAGAUUUUGUCUGUAA